UUCGGUGGGUGCUUGCUCGCCGCAUAUUUUGAUCGCUUUCUUUGAAAACCAGAACCGAAGCCCGUUAUUUCCUGCCCUGGAAUGCAAUGCCAUUGCUGCCCUCCAUAUCAUAUUUCUUGGGUUUCUUUCCGUUGCACUCAAACUCAAUUCCCAUUUAAAUCCAUCUAAAACGAUCCCCGUUAAUCUGACGACCACUGCAACUGCACGAUAUCAACGGUGGCGAUGUGAACUUGAUGCCGCUGGUUCAGGCUUGGAUUUAAAGCAGAUGGGAAGCGCACAGGAGAGGUUCAGGCUCCUCGUCUCUGAUUCCGUGUUGACUCAGCACGCCAUGCUUGGUACUUAGCUCAAUGACCGGGUCAAGCCUGGCGUUGUCAGGAAAGGAUCUGUCAUUCAAUUGAUCGAUUACAUUUGCAGCCACGUUCAAAAGCGCCAGUCAGUCACUUAGUUGUUUUUUCCCUAACUAAAUCUCGUCUCCUCGAAAUUAUUACUAAUUUGCUAUAAAUUCACAUGAUCGAAUUUCAAAUGUGGAUUGAAUUUUUAUUUUCAAGGAAAUUCUACGUUUUAGUUUGAAAUCUAAAAAUUGAUUAAGCUGGUAGCUGGACUAUAACUAAAUUAAUUAUGUUUCAUUUUAAUUCCUGUUAUGUUAAUUAUUAAUUAAGAGUUUAUUAUGUUUGUUUAGCUUAAUUUUAUUGUAAAAUCGUGGAGAUGAUGCUUUUUUGAAUGGUAUCACAUAACUUGAUCAUCUUAUAACUGAGGGAAAUAAUGAUUAAAUGCAAGUGUUUGGCUCUUGUUUUACUGGCAACGGCUGUUUUGGUCACUUUUCAUACAGGAUUACUGUCGUGCUCAACCUGGAAACUAUAAUACCAGUGAAAUUAUUGGAAAUUCUGAAAAUGUUUCAUGAUGCUACUGCUCACAAGUCAUUCCCUAAUACCAACUCAGUGAAGUGAGUAGGGCUUGCUUAUUACAAUCCAACUUCUCAAAGUCAUGUAAAUAUGGAUAUCCACAGCAUCCGGCCUGCUAGUCAUGGUGGAAAUAUGAAAAGUUUCCGGCCCACUUUGAGUACUCAGAAUCAGGGCAGUAAUAAGCGGAGUCUCCGACCUGCUUUGACUGCCCAAAAUCAUGGUAAUGAUGUGCAGAGUUUCGGACCGACUGUUCGACCCACUCCAAGUUACAGAAAUCAUUGUGCAGUUGUGAAGAAUGAGGCCACAGCACGGAUCAUUCCUAUUAAUUCUUUGAAUCCAUAUCAGGAACGCUGGGCUUUCAAAGCCAGAGUAACUGCUAAAGGGGAUCUUCGUCGCUAUAAUAAUGCUCAGGGUGAUGGGAAGGUCUUUUACUUUGACCUUGAUUCUGACGGAGGCGAAAUAGGAGUGACCUGCUUCAAUGCUGUUGUUGACUGCUGCUAUGAUGCUAUUGAAGCUGGUUAUCUGAUUUCAAAAGGUAGCUUAAAAUCUGCUCAGAAUAAUUUCAAUCAUUUGAAGAAUGAGCGGGAGAUAUUCUUGGAGGCAACUUCAACUUUGGAUAUUUUCCCUGAAGAGGAUAGCUCCAUACCACAACAGCAAUUCUUCAAACCCGCAAGUGAAAUUGAGAUUUCUGAAAACAAUUCCAUAUUUGAUCUUAUUCGUAUUGUGAUGUAUGGGAACCAUUUAAUUCCUAUAUUGAGAAAGAAUGGUAUGGAAACUAAAAGAAAGAUUCUGAAUCUAAAAGAUGGCUCUGGCAGGGCAGGACUAUCCAUUUGGGGAGAUUUGUGCAGCAAGGAAGGUCAAAAAUUGAAAGAGAUGGUUGAUUCUGGGUUUUUCCCUGUUUUAGCUGUCAAAGCUGGGAAGGUUAGCGACUUCAAUGGAAAAUCCUUGGGAACAAUUUGUUAUAGUCAGCUCUUUAUAAAUCCAGGUAUUCCUUAGGCUCAUGCUGUGAAAGACUGGUUUGAUCAAGGGGGCAUGAUGAUCUUAGUGCCAGGAGGAUCCAAGAAUGAGAUUCGCAAAAUGGCGUCUCAGAUCAAGCAUGAAGGUCUUGGAAGAUCAGAUAAGCCUGAUUGGGCCACUGUGAGGGCAAGUAUAAGUUUCAUCAAAACAAAUUCCUUCUGUCACACAGCUUGCCCUUUGAUGAUUGGAGAGUGUAACAAGAAAGUGACAAGAUCUAGAAACUCAGGAUGGCAACGUAAUAGAUGCAAUCGAGAAUUUGACGAGUGUGAUUAUAGGUAUCUUCUUCAAGUUCAGAUUCAGGACCACCCAAGAUUGACUUGGGUAGCCCAGUUAUCAGAUUUCAGAUGGUCUAUCUAGUUGUUCAUCUUAUAACGAGACUAAGAAGGAUUGCUUCCUCGAGUAUUUCCAUGUUUCAAAUGACAGUAUCGUGCUUUCAGAGCAACACAAUAAAAGAGAGGUAGUGUUCCUAUGUUGUGUUGCAUCCAGACAGGAAAAGUAAUUUUUAGAUUUCACUAGUCUUGGGCCACGUUACAUCUGAAGAUUUCACACAGAGGAUCAUUGAAAGCAUCAAACAAGAUACAAAACAUGAAGUUGUAAAAGAAUUCCAAACAUUCUCAGAAUUGUACAUUGCUUAACCCCGCUUGACAGGGUCGAAAUUGGAAACUCCGAUCACUGCACCAAUAAUGGCACCAAGCACAACUCCACCAGCCACAAUGCUGAGCAAGAAGUUCUUGAGAGAAGGAGAAGCCCCAGGCCCAGCUGCUUCAGCUACCUCUGGAAUCACCAUGGAAGCUGUAAGUGCACCUGCUGUCAAUCCAGUGACCAACUUCUCCUUCAACGAAGCCUUGACUUGAAACCUACCACUGGAUUUUGACGCUGACAUAGCCUUAGAUGGCCUCGCUGGGAGUGGCUUGAAGAAAGCCUCAGGGGCUGGAACCCUCUUUUGGCCCGCAUAAGUUAAUGGCAACGCCAUU